CAGAGAACAGAUCCAAGCCUUUAUCUCCGCCAAUUACAUAUCCUGAAAUCUAGUAUGACGGCACUUCCGGGGCUAAAUCACCUCCACUGAUAUCGGGUUCAAUAAGCCUCUUCGCUUCGACUGCUGGUCGGACAAAUAUUGAUUUAUCUUCUCAUCACGUCGCACCUUGAACUUAUAUAAAUAAGGACGUGAAAGCUCGUCUGCCCUGUGACCCUUCAGUCUUGUCUAUCAUGCCCGAGAAGGAUAACCCAGAUAACCGCACGGAAACGCUUUCUCUUUCAACAGGCUUGGACAAUGAUGAGGGUUUACUCGCUAGCCUUGGGUAUAAACAAGAGCUCAAGAGACAAUUCAAACCACUAGAGAUUUUUGGGAUCGCUUUCAGCAUUAUUGGCAUCGCACCUGCGUUGUCAUCUGUUCUUAUCUACUCCCUCCCUAAUGGAGGCGCGUUCGCGAUGGUCUGGGGAUGGACUGUCUGUUCCAUAUUCAUUGUUGCAAUUGGCCUCGCCAUGGGAGACUUAGCAUCUGCUGCACCAACAUCUGGCGGACUCUAUUACUGGACGUUCAUGUUCUCGUCGGAGAAAUGGCGUUGUUUUCUAUGUUGGAUUGUGGGAUAUUCCAAUACCAUCAGUAAUGUGGCUAGCGUUGCGAGCAUUGACUGGGGAUGUGCUCUACAAAUCAUGGCGGCGGUUAGUAUCGGAUCCAAUCGGACUUUUGAAGCAACCAUUUCCCAGACUUUUGGACUAUAUUGCGCGCUUCUCCUCUGUCAUGCCCUGAUAUGUAGCAUAAACCCUAGAUUUAUGGCUCGUUUUCAAAUCUUCUUCGUAUUACUCAAUGUUUUUCUGUGCUUCGCAAUUAUCAUAGGUCUUCCAGCAGCGACUCCCAGGGAAUUCAAAAACGACGCAAAAUUUGCCUUUGGAGACUUCACUAAUGUGUCCGGAUGGCCCAACGGAUUUGCGUUCAUACUUAGUUUUCUAACUCCUUUAUGGGGCGUUGGAUGCUUUGAUGCUCCCGUCCAUAUGAGUGAGGAAGCAACCAAUGCCAGCGUAGCCGUUCCAAUGGCUAUCAUUUUCUCCACCUUCUCUGCUACUAUUCUCGGCUGGGCCAUGAACAUCUCACUGGUCUUCUGCAUGGGACGGGAUUACCAAAGUAUCAUUGAUAGCCCCAUUGGCCAACCUAUGGCCACUAUAUUUUUCAACUCCUUUGGAAGGACCGGAACUCUCAUUAUAUGGUCGUUCAUCAUCUUGGCACAGUUCGCCAUCGGUGCAGGCAUAUUGACCACAUGCUCUCGACAGAUUUUUGCCUUCUCCCGAGAUGGAGGCUUACCUCUCUCUCGAUGGAUUUACUACGUCAAUCCUCAAACUCGGACCCCAUCACACGCUGUGUGGUUUGGGACUUUCUUGUCCCUUCUCCUCGGAAUUCUCGCCUUCGCUGGUGAGAAUGCUAUCGGAGCAGUCUUUUCGCUCGUAAUUACUGGACAAUACGUGUCAUAUUCUAUACCGAUGUCUGCGAGGUUUCUCGGCGGCAAAACUUCGAAACCAGGCCCUUUCCGACUAGGUUUUUGGAGUCUCCCGGUUACAGCGGUUGCCGUCAUCUGGAUGGCUUUCAUGACUGUCGUGUUUAUGUUUCCUCUUACUCCCUCUCCCGGCGUCGGCAAUAUGAACUACACAGUCGUUGUGCAAGGUGGCGUUUUGGUGCUUUCCGUCAUCUAUUUCUACUGCCCUAGAUAUGGCGGAGUGUAUUGGUUCAAAGGACCGGUCUCAACGGUCGAAGUACCUCCGGCACAUGUCAAGGAUGGUCCAGAUGAAAAGACGAUAAGGUCCUAGCAGAUGAGGUCUCAACUUCAGCAUAUAUCGGGCCCGGCCAACCUCGUAUUCUAACCGGAUCGUUCAAUAUUCAUGCACAACGUUACAAUGUGAAUAUUGAUAUUAUAUUACGAAUGAAUAACACAUGAAUUGGAGAUUCAUUGAAAGACUCGAACAUACCC